CGCUGAGUCCAGUCACGCUUGAUCUGUUCACAAACUGAGACAUUCGCAUCAUUCCAGGAAUCAACUGUGCUCUGUUGUUUGAAGAACCAAGUAAUCGUAUUAAAUAGGAACUGCCAUGUUAAAACACGAAACCGGAAGUGAAACUACCAGUAUUCCAUACAAGAGUUUAAAACACUAUGGGGCCACCGGCAACCCUCAAAGUGACCAUAACCGAAAUAAUUAUUCAAAGGAUCCGGCAGCUAGUCUAACUAGAACUGUAACUAAUGAGCAUAGUGAAAGCGCACCACUAUCUUAUCAAAACAACCUUAUCAACAACAGUACGGUGAUGGAUGAAGUGGAGGCAGAUGAGAUUAUAUCAGCAUCGGAAGCUUUAGGCAAAAGAGAAACGGGUUCGCAAUCACAAAGGGAGCACGAACGAACCCAACGCACAUCGUCACCCGUAAGAAUGCUGAGUAAAAAGCUAGUCUUAUUGAAUGUGUUGGCCAACUUUUUGAUGUUUGCGAUAGCCGGUUUUAUAACCUACCAUUGCUUCAAUAAAGCUACGGUACUGUUUUCAUGGCAUCCGACUUUCAUGAGCAUUGGGUACCUAAUUUUAAUGUCCCAGGCGAUACUGACCUUCUCUGGAGCAAAUCUACUCACCUACAAUAGACAUCAUAAGACUAAAUUAUACCUACACUGGCUUCUGCAGGUCACUGGUGCAACUUUUAUAACUAUCGCGUUUGUGUGCAUUUUUGUUAACAAGGUUCGCAUGGGAAAGUCACACUUUCAGACAACCCACGGUCUGUUCGGCCUUAUAACGGUCAUAGCAACACUGAUAUCCAUUGGUGGCGGUGUAUUCACCAAGUAUGGUUUUCAACUGAGGCACUUAAUCAGACCUAUUUAUUCUAAAAUUAACCACGGAAUAGCUGGCACCAUAACUUACAUGCUAGGUAUGAUUACCAUCGGACUGGGAAUAUAUUCUGUCUGGUUCCAGGAAGAUAACAACGCACAAGUUCGACUGGCGUUACUGAUAGGGUUGAUUUCAGUUUCGUUAUACGUUGUGAUCAACCCUGUUACAGCAACUAUAAGCAGAGUUAAAACAGCUUUGAGGACCACGCUUUAAGCAAAGCGUUUUUGUGUUGAGCCGUAACAGGCUCUUUAAUAAAUAAAAAGGAUCAGUUGCUAAGCAUAUUUAUUGGAUUUUUUUUACAUUUAAUACAACGAAUAUUUUUCUCUA